AGAAGAAAUAAAAAAAUUAGCUGCAGAAAAAAGCCAUUCCCGAUUCAUCAGCAAUUUUCCUGACCUCAAAAUUCGGGAAAAUCUUUUAAACUAUUAAUAAUAAAGUAUUAAUCUAAAAAUAUUCUCAAACUUGUUAAUAGUUCUUUAAAUAUACCACUGUGUAAUCAGUAAAUUAAACAAAAAGUACGGCUAUUAACAGCAACCUAUAAAGUGUAGAAGAAAAAGAAAUAUAAAAAAAUCAAAAAUGUCUGAAUUACAAAUGGAUUGUGCAUUAGAUUUAAUGCGCCGUUUGCCGCCUCAACAAAUUGAAAAAAAUUUAAGUGAUCUUAUUGACUUGGCUCCCGAUCUAUGUGAAGAUUUACUUUCCUCUGUAGAUCAACCUUUGAAAAUUGCCAAAGAUAAGGAACAUGGCAAGGAUUAUUUAUUGUGUGACUAUAAUCGUGAUGGUGAUUCAUAUAGAUCACCAUGGUCCAAUACCUAUUAUCCCCCCCUAGAAGAUGGACAAAUGCCAUCGGAACGUUUGCGUAAAUUGGAAAUUGAAGCCAACUAUGCCUUUGACCAAUAUCGUGAAAUGUAUUAUGAGGGCGGAGUUUCCUCUGUUUACCUAUGGGACUUGGAUCAUGGUUUUGCUGCCGUUAUACUUAUUAAAAAAGCCGGUGACGGCAGUAAAAAAAUUCGUGGUUGUUGGGAUUCUAUACAUGUUGUGGAAGUUCAAGAAAAACCUACCGGUCGUACAGCACACUAUAAACUUACAUCCACCGCUAUGUUAUGGUUGCAAACUAACAAACAAGGUUCCGGCACAAUGAACUUGGGUGGCUCCCUAACCCGGCAAACUGAACAAGAUGCCAAUGUGAGUGAGUCUUCGCCCCACAUUGCCAAUAUUGGGCGAAUGGUCGAAGAAAUGGAAAAUAAAAUACGCAAUACCUUGAAUGAAAUCUAUUUUGGUAAAACCAAAGACAUCGUCAAUGGUUUGCGCAGUACCCAACCUUUGGCCGAUCAACGACAACAAGUAGCCAUGAAACAAGAUUUAGCUGCGGCUAUUUUGAGGCGCAACGUUAAACCCGAUUCUAACUGAAAUUAAGAUGGCUCCGAGAGCCCCCGCAGCAGUGUAGAUGAUGAUAAUCAAUGGGAAUGGCAAACGAGGAGGUGUGUGGAAGAAGAAAACAAAGUUAAUAAAUGUUGAAAGAAAGUAUUAAAUAAUUCAACAUGACUGGGCAUUAAGAUGUUAUAAAAAUCACUUUUUUAUAUGUAUUUUAUUUGUUUAGGAAAUCAAUCAAUUACAUGAACAACAAACACAAAAAGAAUUAUAUAGGCCUAGUUAUUUAAACAUAAAUAGUAUAGACGUAAUAUUUAAAUAAAAAACUAAUAAAACACUAAAACUUCAAGUUGUAAAGUUUAAUGAGAGAUAAUAAAAAGUACAUGUUAAUUGAAUUGAGACAAACAAUAGUAAUAA